GAGUCUGGAACCACAGAAAUUCCGUUGCCAGACGCCAUCUUGCCUGCUUGUAAAUAUCCGACACCACAGACCCAACGCUGACAUUCUGCCCCACCAGGGGCUUCCUGUGACAUCGCAGUAGAGAUUACCGGCUAAUUAGUCCCGGCGCUUGCGAAACGUGUCCAAUGUGACCAAAGCUUGUUGUGGAAUGAUCUCGUCUGGUAAGACGCCAUGUUUGUUUCUGUGUGAGUCGUAAGUUAUUGAUCUCCUCGCGAGCAGCGGGUUCGUUCGGGCAACGUAAAUUAUUGACCUGAACUAAAGAGGGCGGAAAAAUCAAUCGUUUUAAACUUUGCCAUGUUGUUUAUUGUGACAGGCUGUAGAAGUAUGCAUUAUGUCACAAUGAUGCGCGAUUUGUUGUGACAAUUUAAAUUUAUGUCACAAUGGCAUGUGUUUUACUGUGACAAUUUAGAUUAAUGAGUUAUGUCACAGCGGGAUGUGGUUUAUUGAGACAGGUUAAAUUAAUGUGUUAUAACACCCUGUUAUAUGGCUAAAUGUGACAGGUUAAAUAUUAAUGUUUUAUAUUAAUUAUAGUGUAUGGGGUGGAGGUGAAGACAGUGAUGGUUACAUAAAUAUGUAUUAUGUCACUUAUAGUGUUGUAACUGACAAACCAUUUUAAACGUAGCCAUUCCGUAUGUUUUAGGUUUAAAUCAUUUUAAAUAAACCGAGUACAUAAGACAAGUAUAGUUUAGCUAGUUAAAUCAUUUUUUGUUAAUCAUAUACACGUAUCGUAACAUUUACUUACUUACUGUUAUCGAGUAUUUUUCUAAUCCUUUAUUGUGUUUGGCGUUGGUUUCUUCGUUAAUUUAAUUGUAGGCUUGAAGUUACUCUAAGUAGUUUUGUGAAUUGGUUUUUCGCUUUAAAACUUAGUAGCAUUUCAAAUAGCAAGCUAAAACUCCUUUCAGUAGGUUGAGAUAAUGUAGCGUGUGCCAAGAGACAGGUUGAAGUGAAUUAAUUACGCUAAAGGAGAAAAAGAAAAACGUGUUAUUUUUUCUUAAUCUAAAAUUCUUGUGACAGUUAUUUAUUGAAUUUGCGGCCAACGUAUUCCAUGCUACGUGAAUUACAUUUGGUCUCGUGGUUACAUUUAAGCUUUCCACUUCAGUGUCGAAAGUGAGUUCAAUUAUUGCUGUUCUUAACUGGAAUUUGUAUAAGGAUGUGGUUAUGCAUAUACUGGCAGUAGUGGUGGAACGGACUAAGCUUUUUUGUCGCCUCCCUUCAACGAAAACAACUCUGCAAGUGGCUAAAAGUUUCUCAACCGUGCCGACCGCCCCCCCCCCUGCACACCCCCUUUUCUACACCCCUGAAUGGCAGGAGUCAGGCACACUGGACAGGUUCCACCGGAUAUGCUCCACCGGACAUAUGCCAUCGCCAUAGUUGUCUUUUGUAAAAAUGAAAUUAUUCCGUGGUACACUGUAAAAAUAUUAUACUGCAACUUCGAUAUUAAAUCAUUUUUAUCUACCCCCCCCCCCCCCCCUCCCCCCCCCCCCCACCCCCCCCCCCCCCCCCUCACCUUACCCUCACCUUCCCCUCACCUUACCCUCACCUUACCCUCACCUUAUCCUCAUUUUACCCUCACCUUACCCAGCCAGUCAUCAAUGUGUUAUAAAUACGCCUCUGAGCAUCUCAUCGUUACGGUCAGAACAUGAUUAACCAAAAAUACAAAUACACGCAAAAUAGCGGUGUUUCCCCGGACAAUUUAUAUGCAGAUCAGGUUAGGAGAGGAGUGCCCUCCCUUUCAAUGAUGCUGCCCUUCAGUUUAGCAUAACAACGAUAACAAGGACAACAACGACAACAAUGAUAACAACGAUAACAGACAUGCGUUCGUGUAAAUGGAAACAAAUAAAAACAAAAAACUAAAAGACGACACGAAUAACAGUUGAAGCGGCUAUUUGUCUACGCAAAUCACUAGAACACAGGUUUAGUAUCAGCGAGCUGUUGGGGGCGAAAACCAGUGUUACAAUUUAGAUUUCAACCAGUCGGUGGAGGAAGACUUCCAUUGUACAGGGUGGAUAGUUGGAUUAGCAGUGUUUGCGAAAGCGAAAUCUGAUUAUGUAAAUCAAUCUGAUGAGGGAAAGAACUAUUUAACAAACUGUCCAAUGGGGUAUGUCUUGUUUGUACUCUAUAUCUAGUUUAUGGUAAUUUUCCAAAUAGCUGUCUCACUCUCUUCAGUGCAUUUUAUCAGACAUAAAAUUAGGAGUAUUGAUUAGUACUGGGGGGGGGGGGGGGGGGGGGCACAAAGGCACCAUAAUACCACGAUGGGUUACUUCCAGUGGCGUAGAAAGGGGGCUUGAGGUGGGUGUGCGCUCCAGGCGGCCCAUUUCUUCUUUAUAUUAAAGGGCGCCAAUAUUGGGCAAGCGCAAAGUUUUUCGUGGGGAUGGCGCCCGAAAUCUUAGCCCUCCUGGGGGGCACUAACCCCGGAUACGCCACUGGCUACUUGAACAGAAACCUUUUAAUGUUUUGUUUCGUCUUUGUUAAAAUUAAAAUUAUGAUCAACUGACGCAAGAUGGCGUUGGCGUGAGUAAAACCGGAGUUUGGACCCCAGCGUGGACGCCAGUGUGGACCAGAAAGUGGACCGGAUUUUGUGGGCAAAACUGACAAACUGUCUCGGCGUGACAUGGUUCAACUGUCAAUUAGCUAACUAUGUAAUGACGAAAUGUCUCACUGUUACAUGGUGCCAUUGUCUAUUAGAUACUAUGUAAUGAUAAAAUGUCUCAUUGGUUACUUGGUGCCACUGUCAAUUAGACAAUUAUGUAAUGACUGUGAUGUUUAAAAGCGUAUAUUUCCAGUAUCUUAUUUAACUGCAAUUACCCAAGUGGCGUGGAUUUAAUCAGUUUUAGAGCGUCUUCGUGUGUCGUCAUGUGAUUAUCUCAGACAUACAUCUUUCUCUUUGACCUUACAUUGGGAUAAUGUGUUUGGACGACAUGGUCAUUAUAAGUGAAACAGCUAUCUUUCAGAAGGCAUGGAAUUUCAGCAAAUGAAUUACUGUGCAGAACAAAACACAAAGUUCAACAUUUAAGUAUUUUAAUUCAGCUAAGGGUAAGCUCUCUGCUACAUCAAGGACAAGUCACUCAUCACAUGAACACAGUUACAUUAGUUACAUUAUUCUUUGACAUAUUUAAACAUUUAUUAUUAAAUAGUUUCAAAAUUCAUACUUCAAGACAAUAAUAAUUCACUAAAACUUUUGAUAAAAUGUAUUUUCAUGUAGUUGAUCAUGUAAUUUGACUUUUCUAACUAUAAAGUGGCUAAAAGAUUUAUAAAAAGAAUAGUGGACGCUAUACCUAGGUUUUCUUAAUUUUCUAGGUUGUACGAGGAUGUGAGGUUUAGUAUUGUAAUAUGAAGCUAACUCAUUUACAACCGACAACUUGAAGUAUAUGUGUUGAGGAGGUCACAAAAUUACUUUUCCAGAUUAAAUUAGCAUUGUUUCCGUGUCAGUGAAAGGUCUUCCUCGGAUCAUGAAUGUAAUUGUCAUUGUUUCUUUGGCCUUGUGAUCAGAUUGUGAACUAAAUUAUCAUUGUUUCUUUGGCCUUGUGAUCACGUUGUUAACUUAAGUGUCAUUGUUUCUUUGGCCUUGUGAUCACGUUGUUAACUUAAGUAUCAUUGUUUCUUUGGCCUUGUGAUCAGGUUGUUAACUUAAGUGUCAUUGUUUCUUUGGCCUUGUGAUCACGUUGUUAACUUAAGUAUCAUUGUUUCUUUGGCCUUGUGAUCAGAUUGUUAACUAAAUUAUCAUUGUUUCUUUGGCCUUGUGAUCAGAUUGUUAAAUAAAUUAUCAUUGUUUCUUUGGCCUUGUGAUCAGAUUGUUAACUAAAUUAUCAUUGUUUCUUUGGCCUUGUGAUAACAUUGUUAACUAAAUUAUCAUUGUUUCUUUGGCCUUGUGAUCAGAUUGUGAACUAAAUUAUCAUUGUUUCUUUGGCCUUGUGAUCAGAUUGUGAACUAAAUUAUCAUUGUUUCUUUGGCCUUGUGAUCACGUUGUUAACUUAAGUGUCAUUGUUUCUUUGGCCUUCUGAUCACGUUGUUAACUUAAGUAUCAUUGUUUCUUUGGCCUUGUGAUCAGAUUGUUAACUAAAUUAUCAUUGUUUCUUUGGCCUUGUGAUCAGAUUGGGAACUAAAUUAUCAUUGUUUCUUUGGCCUUGUGAUCACGUUGUUAACUUAAGUGUCAUUGUUUCUUUGGCCUUGUGAUCACGUUGUUAACUUAAGUAUCAUUGUUUCUUUGGCCUUGUGAUCAGAUUGUGAACUAAAUUAUCAUUGUUUCUUUGGCCUUGUGAUCACGUUGUUAACUUAAGUGUCAUUGUUUCUUUGGCCUUGUGAUCACGUUGUUAACUUAAGUAUCAUUGUUUCUUUGGCCUUGUGAUCAGAUUGUGAACUAAAUUAUCAUUGUUUCUUUGGCCUUGUGAUCAGAUUGUGAACUAAAUUAUCAUUGUUUCUUUGGCCUUGUGAUCACGUUGUUAACUUAAGUGUCAUUGUUUCUUUGACCUUGUGAUCAGAUUGUUAACUAAAUUAUCAUUGUUUCUUUGGCCUUGUGAUCAGAUUGUUAAAUAAAUUAUCAUUGUUUCUUUGGCCUUGUGAUCAGAUUGUUAACUAAAUUAUCAUUGUUUCUUUGGCCUUGUGAUCAGAUUGUGAACUAAAUUAUCAUUGUUUCUUUGGCCUUGUGAUCACGUUGUUAACUUAAGUGUCAUUGUUUCUUUGGCCUUGUGAUCACGUUGUUAACUUAAGUAUCAUUGUUUCUUUGGCCUUGUGAUCAGAUUGUUAACUAAAUUAUCAUUGUUUCUUUGGCCUUGUGAUCAGAUUGUUAACUAAAUUAUCAUUGUUUCUUUGGCCUUGUGAUCAGAUUGUUAACUAAAUUAUCAUUGUUUCUUUGGUCUUGUGAUCAGAUUGUGAACUAAAUUAUCAUUGUUUCUUUGGUCUUGUGAUCAGAUUGUGAACUAAAUUAUCAUUGUUUCUUUGGUCUUGUGAUCAGAUUGUGAACUAAAUUAUCAUUGUUUCUUUGGUCUUGUAAUCUGAUUGUGAACUAAAUUAUCAUUGUUUCUUUGGUCUUGUGAUCCAAUGUUCAGCUGAAUUUAUAAUUCAGAUAUAACAUGAUAAAUAUAUGCAAAAUGAAAGAAAAUCAAAGCAGUAAUUCAAUCCAUUAAGUCUCCUCUGUUAAAAAACGCUACCUGGGAAUUUUUUUAAAUUUUUAUUUUAGAUUGCAUUCUGAAAAAUGAAGUCUCCCUGUUUCCAUAACAACCGCUCAGACAACAGCUUCAUAAUACUCAAGUCAGUGAGAUCGUGAUGCAAUAACUGAGUCCGACACAAACUUUUCAUUAUGUAGCGUUUUCCAUUGAUGACCUGUCACGUGAAUUCUCAUUGCUCAAUGGACACCCAGGAUAAUCAUCCCUUGCAAAAAAUCUGGACAGCGGCAAGAGAGAAGCUGAUGCCGCAUUGGAAAAAAAUCGGGUAAGAGAAUAAAAACUGCCGAGUGCAUAAAAAUGUUGUCCUAAUUUAAUUCAUAUGUUGAUUUUCUUCUUUUUUUCCCUCUGUAUCUCUGAUACGCUAUUCGAGCCAUAGUGCCCCAUGUGUCAUGACAAUGGAAUUAUGUGGCUUAUCUUAAAGUAAUCAAUGCAUAGAGUAUUGUGUAAUCCUGUAUUAUGUAAUAAUAUACAGUACAGGCCUAUUAAGCUACAGAAAAGUUCGACUUAUAAUUCUAAAAAAAAAUGUAAGCUGUACAUUCCUUCAUUUCAUCUAAAUACACAUGGGUGUGCUCAUGAGAUGUAAUCUCGUUUUCAAAACGUAUAUACUUAUCAACAAAGUAACAUCUUCAAUCAAUUACAUACCAAACAUAUUCGAUUUUAGGCAAAGCGCUAAUACAUACCGUACUUGUUUUCUAAUCUUAUGCAUGAUGCAAUUAUUAUUAUUUGGCACUUGAUAUUUCUUUAGGAUUCUCAUUGUUGGUGUUGUCAUUUUGGGAGCUGCUUUCGGCUACGCCAUGUCCUCCAACAAAAAAUCCAGCGCAGUUUGCGACAUUGUAAAACCUUCUGCCCUUGAAGCAUCUGAUUCCUGUCCCUGGCAGCUCGUCAUGUCGGACCUGACCCACAGACUCAGGCUCAUAGAAAUGGCUUUCAAAGAACAAGUUAUAGCAAGGGAGGUAAGAGGAUGUCACCUCAUGUAUCGCCUACUUGAUUACCUUCCCUGGCUUAUCAUGAAGCAGCUGUAGAAACAUGAAUUCCUAAUGUUAGCAUUUUUUUAUUCAGAAUGUGGAUGAAACUAAAAAUAUGACUUCAUACGUCACCAUUGCUCCACAGGUUAUUGCAGCGGAAGUGACGAACCAAUCUUAUUCUAACCACGAGCUUGAGCGCAAGUUAGAUAACUUCACCUCGUCUUUGAAGCAGUUGACUUACAGGCUUGACAAGCUUAACGAGCAGUUGGGGGAGAUGACGUCAAGGAUCUACUCAGAUGGUUAGUGACGCGAUGGUCUAUGAACCAUUGUUACGCUUCAGUAUUGUAUGCUAGGCCUUUAACAUUGUUUAAAGGAUUUAUACGAAGAAAGUUCUUUGAAAUGAUUAGACCAAUAAUCACAAUUUAUUUGUGAAAUGAACUUGAAAUAUGUUUCUAAAGAUCAUCUCUACUGACUAUUUUUUUUAAUUUAAAAAAAAAAUGGCAUAAUUGGGGGAGGGGGAGUCCUUGAAAGUUUGAUAUUUGUUGACAAGGGCGAAGAGGUGUAAGAAUGGUCUAAAAUGUAGAUGUAAUUAAUGGAAGUCCAAAAACAAAAUCGACCCUUGCAAUAAAUUGACAUAAUAGUAAAUGUGUCUGUGUUAAAGUUCAAAAUAAAGAAGUAUGAACGAGAGGGGGUGAGGGGGUAUACUUGUGAUUUGCAAUGUUAACAUCACAUGUCAGUCAACCAUAUCUAAUGUAAUGUUAACAUCACUUGUCAGUCAACCAUAUCUAAUGAAAUGUUAACAUCACAUGUCAGUCAACCAUAUAUAAUGAAAUGUUAACAUCACAUUAUAAACAACCAUAUCUAAUGUAAUGUUAACAUCACAUGUCAGUCAACCAUAUCUAAUGUAAUGUUAACAUCACAUGCCAAUCAACCAUAUCUAAUGUAAUGUUAACAUCACAGUCAGUCAACCAUAUCUAAUGUAAUGUUAACAUCACAUGUCAGUCAACCAUAUCUAAUGUAAUGUUAACAUCACAGUCAGUCAACCAUAUAUAAUGUAAUGUUAACAUCACAGUCAAUAAACCAUAUCUAAUGAAAUGUUAACAACACAUGUCAGUCAACCAUAUAUAAUGAAAUGUUAACAUUACAUGCCAAUCAACCAUAUCUAAUGUAAUGUAAACAUCACAGUCAGUCAACCAUAUAUAAUGUAAUGUUAACAUCACAUGCCAGUCAACCAAAGCUAAUGUAAUGUUAACAUCACAGUCAGUCAACAAUAUCUAAUGAAAUGUUAACAUCAAAUGUCAGUCAACCAUAUCUAAUGAAAUGUUAACAUCACAUGCCAAUCAACCAUAUCUAAUGUAAUGUUAACAUCACAUGUCAGUCAACCAUAUCUAAUGUAAUGUUAAAAUUACAUGUCAGUCAACCAUAUCUAAUGUAAUGUUAACAUCACAGUCAGUCAACCAUAUCUAAUGAAAUGUUAACAUCACAUGUCAGUCAACCAUAUAUUUUGUAAUUUUAACAUCACAUGUCAGUCAACCAUAUAUAAUGAAAUGUUAACAUCACAUGCCAAUCAACCAUAUCUAAUGUAAUGUUAACAUCACAGUCAGUCAACCAUAUAUAAUGUAAUGUUACAAUCACAGUCAGUCAACCAUAUCUAAUGAAAUGUUAACAUCACAUGUCAGUCAACCAUAUAUUAUGAAAUGGUAACAUCACAUGCCAAUCAACCAUAUCUAAUGUAAUGUUAACAUCACAUGUCAGUCAACCAUAUCUAAUGUAAUGUUACAAUCACAUGCCAAUCAACCAUAUCUAAUGUAAUGUUAACAUCACAGUCAGUCAACCAUAUCUAAUGUAAUGUUAACAUGACAUGCCAAUCAACCAUAUAUAAUGUAAUGUUAACAUCACUUGUCAGUCAACCAUAUCUAAUGAAAUGUUAACAUCACUUGUCAGUCAACCAUAUCUAAUGUAAUGUUAACAUCACAUGUCAGUCAACCAUAUCUAAUGAAAUGUUAACAUCACAUGUCAGUCAACCAUAUCUAAUGAAAUGUUAACAUCACUUGUCAGUCAACCAUAUCUAAUGUAAUGUUAACAUCACUUGUCAGUCAACCAUAUCUAAUGUAAUGUUAACAUCACUUGUCAGUCAACCAUAUAUAAUGUAAUGUUAACAUCACAUGUCAGUCAACAAUAUCUAAUGUAAUGUUAACAUCACAGUCAGUCAACCAUAUCUAAUGUAAUGUUAACAUCACAUGUCAGUCAACCAUAUCUAAUGUAAUGUUAACAUCACAUGUCAGUCAACCAUAUCUAAUGUAAUGUUAACAUCACAUGCCAAUCAACCAUAUCUAAUGUAAUGUUAACAUCACAUGCCAAUCAACCAUAUCUAAUGUAAUGUUAACAUCACAUGCCAAUCAACCAUAUGUAAUGAAAUGUUAACAUCACAUGCCAAUCAACCAUAUCUAAUGUAAUGUUAACAUCACAUGUCAGUCAACCAUAUCUAAUGUAAUGUUAACAUCACAUGUCAGUCAACCAUAUCUAAUGUAAUCUUAACAUCACAUGCCAAUCAACCAUAUCUAAUGUAAUGUUAACAUCACAUGUCAGUCAACCAUAUCUAAUGCAAUGUUAACAUCAAAUGCCAAUCAAAAAUAUGCAUGGGUGGCACUCAUCUGCUGUUGUAAUAUGUACCGCGCUAUAAAAGAUGUCUUAUUAUUAUUAUUAUUAUUAUUAUUAUUAUUUCCUUUACAUUGUAUAAGUAACAGUUAUUGCACACUCCCUGUUAACAUCUUUACAAACAACACCAAAUAAGAUCUCAUUAAACGCUACUAUUGGCAGUUAUUGUUUUCAACUCUCAUUCAAUACUACUAUUGACAGUUAUUGUUUUCAACUCUCAUUCAACAGUACUAUUGACAGUUAUUGUUUUCAACUCUCAUUCAACACUAUUAUUGACAGUUAUUUUUUCAACUCUCGAUCAACGCUACUUUUGUUAGUUAUCGUUUUCAACUCCCAUUCAACACUACUAUUGGCCGUUAUUUUUUAAACUCUCAUUCAACGCUACUUUUGACAGUUAUUGUUUUCCACUCUCAUUCAACGCUACUUUUGGUAGUUAUUGCUUUCAACCCUCAUUCAACACUACUAUUGACAGUUAUUGUUUUCAACUCUCAUUCAACGCCACUGUUGACAGUUAUUGUUUUCAACUCUCAUUCAACGCCACUGUUGACAGCUAUUGUUUUCAAAUCCCAUACAAAGCAAUUAUUGACAGUUGUUGUUGUCAACUCCCAUUGAACGCUAUUAUUGACAGUUAUUGUUUUCAACUCUCAUUCAACGCCACCGUUGACAGUUAUUACUUUCCAAUCUCAUUCAACGCCCGUGUUGAAAGGUAUUGUUUUCAAUUCUCACUCAACGCCACUGUUGACAGUUAUUGUUUUCAAAUCUCAUUCAACGCCACUGUUGACAGUUAUUGUUUUCAAUUCUCACUCAACGCCACUGUUGACAGUUAUUGUUUUCAAAUCUCAUUCAACGCCACUGUUGACAGUUAUUGUUUUCAACUCCUAUUCAACGCCACUGUUGACAGCUAUUGUUUUCAACUUCAGAAUGUCUGGGAUUUUUGGUCCUCGUGUUUGUGGCCGGCCAGGUCAUCCUGACCCUCAGGUCCAAACUUCAACUCAAGCUGUCCUAUGACCAGGGUCAACCCGUGCGUCACAACAGUCGAGACUUGACCAAUCAAAAUGGAUCAGGUGCUGGAGUCGUCAGAUCUAAUUCGGUAACGUAAACACUUUAGGUGGUCAUAGUAAAAAUGUUGGGCCACAGUGGACGCCAGUGGAAGGCCCCAGAAAACAAAAACAUGUCUUGCUCUAAACACGAAAGGUCGUUGCCUUGUAAGAAGUAGUCACAUUAAAUCUCUUUCCUCUUCCCUCCGUAUUACAACAAUGAAAUCUGAAUUGACCUUCAGUUGACCAUUUUGGGUCGAUCAUUAGAAGCUGACACGUUGUCAGGACUAAACGGCGUCAUCACGACGUGGGUGUGACAUGUGAUAUAUAUUUUUAUAGGAAGUUUUUCAAUUAUCCCAAAAGUUCACAUAUUUUCUGGAUAAUAAAUCUUAGUUUUUAAAGGUAUAAAAACUUUUUUUUUAUAUAUACUUGUUUUAAAGCAACCUUAACGGCGUUUAUUACUUUUAGUUCAAAUUAAUCGUUUAUAAGAUCUUAAUUUAUGUAAAAUUAAUAUCAAUAAAUAAAAGAGUAAUUAUUUUUUAAAGCAUUAAAAUACAUUAUGAGCCAAUGAAGAACUGCUUAUUGGUGAAGUGAAUAAAUUCAUUUACCUUUUUUUUUUUUUUUUUUUUUAAGAAGAAAAAAAUAGUCUGGUCCUUUAGCCAAAUAAUCAAUCCUAGUUUUGACAAUUGACAGUAUCUCAUCUUAUGUGAUCAUAUGUGAAUUAUACAAAGAAAUGGGAGGUAGGAGUGAACAGUAACUAUAUAGCUGGGAAUAAUUAAUAGUAAUAUUAAAUAGCUACUUGACAGUAUUUCAUUGUAUAUUUCCAUUAGAGCAUCAGUGGAUCGCAUCAGGUGGCCAAGCCCAAUACUAAUCCUAAACAAGAUGUCUGCGUCAUAGGAUUCAACAAGCAAUCGCUCAAGCUAUGUCUGGCCCAGACCGAGGCUCUCCUGGAAUGUCUCUGCGAUGACGUCAGUACACUCACCCCGCCCAGCCACGUCAUCGCCUGCCACGAUGCCCUGGGGGGCUGCCCCAAGGCCAGACUGUACCUGGUUCAAGUGGAUUGCGUCGGUGAUAGGGAACAUCUGGACGUCUCUAAGGAGGCGGAGAAACAAAGCAAGGCAAUUUUAACGACAACUUUACGGCAUCUCAAGUCCAUUGGAGGUUGGUAUAAUAAUUUUUAAAAAAAAGAUUGAAUUAGAUAUAGCUGCAUCGUUCACAUCUUACCAUUGCAAACGGCGGUCAAGGUGGGAAAUUAACGCGAUAAAAGCGUAGAGCUAUUUUGUAUUUAACAAUUUAAUAUAUUUUCAAAUAUUAUGAUUAGACUUAGAGACAGAUUAUUCUGUUUGACGUAUCCAUUCAUUUAAUAUUAUUAACGGUUUUUUUAAGCUAAUCAUUAUAUCCAUAAAAUAAAGCUGACCAUAAUGGUAAAUAUCCACAUUAGGUAUAUUUUAGCUAUUAUGACUUAAAUCAUGUCAACAUAAAGUCACAAUGAAUAAAAUCGGAGCUUAAAUUAACUCUAACUUCUUAUAUUUUGAUAUUCUCGUUUUAUUCAAAUAACCCCAAUUAUGCAUAUAAUAUGAGCAAAUAUUCAACAACUUUUUACCGUAAAUUUCAUUGUAGUUUGGGAAUCCCUUGAACUCUCAAGGGUUGUCUAGUAAAACAUAAGACUCCAUUGAACACCUAUUAUUGUCACCACUCAUUGACUAUAGUGCACGCGUAUAUUUUUUGACACCUCAUAUUCCUCAAAACAGUCAAAAUGGACAAGUACUUUCACAUGAGUACAUUGACUACAAAUGCAUUUGUACAUUGACGACAAAUUUUGUAGAUACAUGGACCAUACUUUUCCCAAAUUAAUGUCUUGUUAUUUAUUUUUAGAUCAUGACAAACAAAAAAUGCGAACUGAUCUUGUAACAAAACAAUUUUAUUCACAGGUCACGUGAUCAUAGUUAUAUCCAACGAAGAGCAAUCCAACCAGCUGCCAGCCCUUUCGCUGUACAACACCAAUCUUCCAAUCCUACAAUCUAGUGACGUGGUGCAGGAGUUGGCCUCCAAUGGCAAGGUGUUGAGCGUAUGGAAGGAGUUAACUCCCCAUCAACUCAGCCAUGUUAGAAAAGUUGCCAGGUCCUUGCUCGCUUUGAAGGCGAAAUGAGUGCCAGACUCAGAUCUAUUUUGGAAUAUUGUCGGGAGAUCAAAAGGGUUUAGUGAUCGAAUGGAUGCCAUAAUGUUGUUGUUUUUUUCUAGAAUGUAUUUGUUUUUAUCAGAAAGUUUUAGGUCUUAAGAUUUUCCCUAUUAAUAAUUGUUUUAUCGCGAUAUUUUAAAAUAAAUUUAAUGUAUCUAAUAGUUUUAUGUGAACCUUUGCUGGAUGCGAGCUCACAUUUUCAAAUUAAUGUCUUUCAUUGAAUUUUGUCCGUGUAAGAUAUGAUUCUUAAUGUGAUAAGUUUGGUCAACUUUUGAAAUUUUUCUUACACAUAAACAAAUAGGUCUAAGAGAAUAAUUCUUACAUCUCUAUAGGCCAGCUUAAAACGAAAAGAUUUUGAUUUGAUUUUGAUUUGAUUUCUUCAAGGAUACAUGUUUAUGAAUCAAAUCCUUGAGAUAUUCCAGUGCUGAGCUCAAUGUUAUUUUUAUUACUUUCUUUAUAUAUUAAGAUUUUUUCCCAGAAAAUCGAAUUCUUGAAUUUGCAGGUUUUAUUUAAAUUGCUAUGUACUGUGGGGGCCCUCCAGUAACAAACAACUUAACGAGCCGACCAAGACUUGGUUUACUCCCUCCCUCCUGAAAAAAACUGAAAUGACGCCCCUGCUAAAACGGCCUUUGUAAUCAGGGGUCUCGCCAAAGUGAGGGUCACGUUUACAUUGCUUCCCCUUUAGAAACACUUAACUUUGUUAUAACAAAAUAGUGUUUGAUUUAAUUUAAUGUAUUUUAAACUAACUAUUGCAUAAUC